GCGGGGCCGGGUUUGGGCGGAGCCGGACGUGAGCGCACUUCCGCGGGGCGGUGGGGCACCGCCAUGGCGGCCAAAAGUCCUGCUGAUGGUACUCCAAGAAGACCUGUUUUAUCUGUCAGUGCAAGAAAAAUAAAAGAUAAUGCAGCAGACUGGCAUAAUUUAAUGAUGAAAUGGGAAAGAUUGAAUGAUAAUGGAUUUACUACAGCGAACAAAAUAGUCAACAUGAAAAUCAGUGAGCAAUUUCAGGACAACAAACUGGAGAUAGCAUGUGAUAACAGUGCCACAGAAACUGAGAAGCCAGCUCCAAAAUACAACGAAGAACUGGACAAUUGCUGUGCAGAACUACUUGAGACCUUAAAGCAUAUGACAAAAAUACAACUAAAAAUGGAAAAGCUUACAUUGACUGCUAAAGCAAUCUGUGAUUUGGAAGCGUUCCACCAUGGAGCUGGGAAUUGCACAGCACCUUUCUUUCAUACAUGGCCCACAUCAUACUUCUAUGAGGUUUCUCUGAAGCUCUCUGAAAUGUACAAGAAGGAACUACAACUCAAGCAAACAAUUGUACAAGAAAUUGCUCAUUCUGCUGACCAGGAUCUGAUGAUGGUCUAUUUGUCAUCGUGGUUGUACCAGCCUUACAUUGAGAACAGCAGCAAACUACUACUUGAAGCCAUGCUUCUGGAAACAGGUCAUAGACCAUGCUAGAAUUCUGUAUGUUCAGUGGCUUGCUUUUAACAACGAGUACACGAAACUGAAAUGUCACGUUGUGAAGCUUAUCAUGCAAGUUGAAUUUUUGUAAAGCUUAUUAAAAAUAUUUUUUUCUUUUUGUAUCUAUUCUUCUACCUCAGCUGAUACUCCUUUUUCUUCAUGGGACAGUCUGGUUUUGGUCGUUUCAUCCAUUUCCAGUGCAAUAGGCUACAGGAAGCCAAGUCCCCUAUAAAUGGAAAAAGAAGAACACUGCUUGGUAGUCUGUGGGGAUUCACUGCACAUAGAUACCUACAGCAAAGAACGUAACUACUUUCCCAGUCUUCACAGUCCAAAAUACCUACAUUGUCACUUUUACCAUAGGAAUUCAGUAACUGAUCUU